UGCAUAGUAGCUGACAAUCUCCGGGCUCAGCCCGGACUCAAGGAGACUGGGUAGAGUUAGUGGUAAUGAAAACAUCAAGAUGGCGGACGAGCGAGAUCCAGCUGAGAGAGUGCGAAAACUUGUUCAGUUUGCUGGUCAAGUAGAGGUUGAUAAUAGCAUAGCACCCAAAAAAUACUUUAGAUCAGGUGUGGAGAUGGAAAGAAUGGCAAAGAUUUACCAUGAUGAGGGAAAUUUGGAAAGUGCAUUCAUUUUAUAUUCAAAAUUCAUCACGUUGUUUGUUGAAAAGCUUCCUGCACAUCCAGAAUAUGCCAAGACAGCACCAGUGGAUAAAGCAACGAACAAAAAGAGCCUCAGAAGGGUAUUCAGCAUGGCGGAGGAACUCAAAGGAAUUUUAAAAGAAAGAUAUCAACAAGAAUACCAACAGUUCAUCGCUGAAGAGGCCAGAAAGAAAGAAGAAGAAGAAGCCAGAAGGAAAGAAUUUGAGAGAAGGGAAGCUGAAGAAAGAGCACGGAGAGAACAGGAAGCCCAAAAAAUAGCGCAACACCAGAGUAGUGUGUCAACGCAUCAUGCCGAGAUCCCAAGGGUCAUUCCUAGUGCCCCUCCAUUGAUUGGUGAUUAUCCUGCCCCACCAACUGGCCGUAAUGAUUCAACAGUGGGUAGUAAUCAACGUGAACAUGGAGCUCCAAAUGAACAGAUGCACAGUACUAUGCCACGGCCACCAAGCUACUCCUCGCUGUUUUCUGUGCCCACUCCAAGUACCCCAUCAGUUGACAGGUCAACUAAACCAGUCAUGGCUGCAGAUACAACUCCACAUGGACUUAGAAAAGUACACAUUCCUGGUGAGCUUAUCAGUCAUUUUCUACGACUUGCAUCGGACAACACAAGAAAGAACCUUGAAACUUGUGGCAUUCUUGCUGGUCGUCUUCAAAACAAUAUGUUCUGCAUCACUCAUCUGUUGAUUCCAAAGCAAACCUCUACUUCAGAUUCCUGCACAACUUUGAGUGAAGAAGAACUCUUUGAAUUCCAAGAUUCCCACAAUCUUAUUACAUUAGGCUGGAUACAUACACACCCAUCACAGACCAGCUUCAUGUCAAGUGUCGAUCUGCACACACACUGCAGUUAUCAACUGAUCAUGCCUGAAGCAAUUGCUAUUGUCUGUUCUCCAAAGUUUAGCGAAACUGGUGUUUUUUCACUGACUCCGGGUUAUGGCCUUCAGUUUAUUUUGAACUGUAAAAAGCCAGGGUUUCACCCGCACCCUAAAGAGCCUCCGUUAUACGAGGUAAGGCUGAGCUAACAACAAUCUUUAAUAUACUUUCCAUCCCACAACGCUGACUUUGUUAGACAAAACACUGAUCUGCUGAAACUAACGAAACAAACGAACGAAAACCCGACACGUGUUACUACAGUGACAAUACCUUACAUUAAGGACACUUUUUAGACCAUCACGCGGGUCCUACAGCCCUUAACCUACUACUAAGUAACGACACUUGCUGACCAACGUUAAAGACAGGGACGAAUCCAACAACAGACAGGGAGCAGUUUACAAGAU